AAGGGAAAAUGAAUUAAUUUCGAGGAUGAAUGAGUCGUGUCACCAACAAUCCAUCCCGAAGGAUACGCUUCGUGAUUUUGCUGAAGACCUUUUGCCUGACAAUACUUUGACUGUCUUCUGCGAAUUGAAAGUGAAUUCCGUCACACAUGGCAGUUUGACGGAGAAGAAAUGUCCAUCUGGAUCUUUGCAUUUGGACACAAAUUUCACUAAUGCUUUCCUAAACUCGAACCUCUCCGAUGUCACACUGAAAGUGGGCAAAGUCGAGUUCCCUGCUCACAAAAUCAUCCUCGCGAGUCGCUCUAAAGUAUUCCAAGGAAUGUUCGAAAGUGGAAUGAAGGAAAGCCAGGAAAACGUGGUGAAUCUGGUCGAAAUGCAAGAAACUACCGCCGAAAACAUGCUUCAGUACAUUUACACUGGAUGCAUCAAGGAGCUGACAAUGGAGGGGGCAUUCGACUUGUACGUUGCUGCUGACAGAUAUGACUUGAGAGAGCUGGUGGUGUGCUGUCAAGAUUUCAUUCUAAAGAACCUAUCUGCCGAGCAUGUUUGCGAAGUAGCCGCUUUGGCUAAUGUCCACAAUGAUGAAGAACUUGCAAUGGCGUCGAAGAUAACUCUCAAAGAAAAUUUUAAAGAAGUGCUCAAUUCCAAGAAGUGGAGAGCAUUUGCUAAAAAUCAUCCUGAUUUGUACACGGAGCUGUUAGAAAGUUCGGUGUUGAUUGAAAAAAUAGAGUAA